AUGGAAGACCCGUGGAGCACGCCGUGGGCGGUAGAGACCCCGUCCGCGUCGCCCGGGCUCGCGCCGACCAAGCCGAAGGCGGCCACGCCGCUGCCAGGCACCGGCACCAUCACGCCUACCGAGGGAGGGCUGGGUAUCGGCGGCGGCUUUGAUCAUUCACCAUGGGGCGCCGCGACAGUCAACGGUUUCGACAUGACGCAUACGCCGAAGGAUGAGAACGACGACCAGAGCUGGGGCGGCUGGGACGACGGCAAGCACAAUGCCUGGGCAGGCAACCCGAAUGACGAUGCAGGCACGGCUACGUUGAAGGAACCCGCGGGUGAAUUCUCUGCGCCGUGGGGCUCGCCGGAUACGGAGCAAGACCAUCGUAUUGGAGGUGCCGCCGAUUCUGCCGUGAGCUUCGGCGACCAGGCCAAGCAAGAGGCGAAACCUGUACCGGCUGGAGCUGCCAAGGACGAUACGAAGAAAAAUGCGACCAUGUUACUGGAGGAUGAGCAAGAUGCAUGGACUGCGCCGCGGGGUGAUGUUGCUGCGCCUUCGGACGCUAUUGCUGACGAUGCAAAGUCACCAACACCGGACACGGAGCCAGAACAUCUAGAAGAACCGAAAAUGAUAGCGGACGUCGCAAAGUCAGUCCCUCGAAACGAUUCGACAGAAGAAUUAAAGCCGGGCUCGCAAGCUCAACAGCAAAAGGCAUCCAAGGUGCAAGAGCUUGUCGACAUGUACGAUGGUAUAGCCAAGAAGACGGUAUGCCCGCCUCCAGAUAUUGUUUUGCGAGAAUCAAGGUCCAGCGGCUCUGCAGCGGCGUCCCAGGAGGAGCUUACAACGCAAGACUCUCUUAUUGAAGAGCAUCCCUCUCUUGAUACUGAGAAGGAUUCCAAGGUUGCCCAGGAAGACGAAGACGUCUCUGCUAGCACAAAAACAGAAGCGCCUGGCACGAAAGAUCUUGCUGUGGCUGAAGACAUCCCGGCAUUCAGUGCCGAUGCGAUCGACGAGGAAACCAUCUCAGCUUUGGUAGAAGCCAAGCAAGACACCAAGAGUAACGCUGAAGCCACCACUCGCUCCGCAUAUGACGAACAACAACUUCUAAAAAACACGACGUCCGAUACCAGCCAUCCACCACAUCCCAUUGAUCUCUCUAAUCUUGAAGCACUAUUCCCCGGCUCUACACCAUCCACCACAAACCCAGAACCCGUCCCAGAUGUCAUCAUUGACAAUUCAUACACGACGACCUCGGAGCGCAGAACCUGGUAUCGCAUCUCCCGCUUCGGCUCCACACGCAAGCACGACAGCGGCGAGGAAGACAACUACAAGCGCAUCACCUGGGCUACGUCUGAAGUCCGCACAAAGACGCUCCACAUUGUGCGGCGCUGGAUGGAGCAAGACUCCAUCACCGGCCGCGUCGUGCUCGGCAGCCGCAAGGCCGGUCCCCUGGGCGCCAGCAUGUUCAACUGGGACUCGAGCGAGCCGCAGAUUGAAAUCAGCGAGCUGUUGCGGCAGCGCGUACAAAAGGGCGGUGCCAGCAGUGGUGGUGGGCACGCGAGGAAUCGCAGUCUGCCGCAGGCGGAUCUCCCGCCACAGACGCCGACGAUGGAGGAGUUUGGCGGCGGAUGGGGCGCGAACGCAAGCAUGCCGUCGACGCCAUCCGCCGUUGUGCAGUCACCGAGAUUUGCGGCGCAGAUCAAGGAGAGGGCGGGGUCGGCGCUGCGACCGCCGCCGGACUCGCCGGCUGAAAUGCCACGGUCUCCGUGGGAUGAUGAUGACAAAGGCACAGAGCAAGAGCGAAAGAGCUUGGCGGAUCUUAUGCCGCCUCCACCGUUGCCAGCUACUGCUGAUGCUACGGUGGCAGAGAGUAGCAGCGAGCCUGCAAUAGCAGAGCCCGAACCAGCAAAAGCAGCCGAAGAGGAGGAGGAGGACGACUGGGGCGAAAUGGUUUCGUCACCUGUCGUCAAUUCGAGCGCGGCAUUUGCUCCCUUGUCCGCGCCAGCGGAAGUAAAGCCAAAACUGGUACAGGAGUCCUUUGAAGCGGAUUUCAGCGGUGUUGACUUUUUCGAGCCUCCUGCGCCCAAGCUUGUGCGCGCGAACCCACCAGCGCCAAUCCUCACCUCUGGCAUGAAGGCCGCAGCUCCGUCGCCAAUAUGGACGCCGACGAUGAACUCGCCGGCCCUGGAGCCGGUGCGCGUAUCGGUGGAGAAUGGACGGACACAGUCUGCUGUGGGCACGCCGACCAUGGUCAGCACUCCAGUCCCGGAGCCGCCGCGCACUUCGAUAAAUAACAACAGAAUGUCCAUGGAGAGAGUUUGGACACCUGUGGUGUCUACGCCGACCACGAAUAAUAGGCUGUCGGUGGAGAGCGCAUGGACUCCCGUGGCCGAUUCGCCGAUCAGCUCGGCGGCGCCCUCUGCAGAGGAAGCGAAAUUGCCUUUGGGCGAAAGGGUGUCCUUUGAGGAUACAUGUACAGUAGGCGAAAAGGCCGCGAUAGAGGAGGCUCUGAGAAGCCUUCCAGACUUGUCCUACAUGCUGUGUUGA